AUGCUUGUGGCAUUGGUAGACUCCAUGAUGGAGCAAUUCAGCGUUAGCUACAUCACAGUUCUUGCUACGGGAUGCGUGACAGCGUUGACAUUGGCAGGGCUUUUGUAUGUGAAACAAGAAUCUCAAAACAGACAAUCACUGACAGGGAACGCAACCGAGUCAGGUUCUGAGAAGAAGGUUUCAAUUGAUAAGACGAAAUUCCCCGGAGGUCACAUUACGAUAUAUUAUGCGACUCAGACUGGAACGGCAGAGUCCUUUGCCCAACAAUUGGAGCGAGAAGGUGUGGAGCAAGGAUUCCAUAUCCAUGUGGAGGACAUGGACGAGACUUGCUUGGAACAGCUUACCGCCCACUCUGCCUUUGGUGACAAUGAUGAUGACUUGGGAACCAGCAGGGCCAUCAUCUUGGCGGCCACGUAUGGAGAGGGAGAGCCCACUGACAACUCAACUGAAAUGGUGAACGAGAUAAAAGAGUCUCUGGAAGACGAGAGCAAGAUGACUGUCUUGGAAGGACUGGAAUAUUGCGUAUUUGGUUUGGGAAAUCGUCAAUACGAGCACUACAAUGCCAUGGGCAAGUUUUUUGAUUCCUCAUUGGAGACCUUUGGUGCAAAGCGAAUCAUUCCAAUCGGUAUGGGUGACGAUGAUAAUGAUCUGGAGGGAGACUUUGAAAGCUGGAAGGAUCAAAUGUGGGUCGAAUUGCGAAAGAGAUACUGCCGAGGUGCUGCACUUCCAGUCAAGAAGGACAAUGACGAAUUCAAGAUCCCAGACUGCGAAUACAAGAUUCAAUACCACAGUGCUGGUACACCUGCUGAAAAAUAUAUUGGACUAGACAAGGUACAUGGAUCCAGCAAGCCGUACUUUACAUCCGUGGAUUGUCCAGUAUUGACCAGCCGAGAACUACGCUCGUCCGAAGAUGGUGGAUCUACUGUACACAUGGAGAUUGAUAUUGCCAACAAGCUCGAAUAUCAAACAGCUGAUAACUUGGGAGUGCUUCCCUUGAAUGAUGAUGCCAUUGUCGCGUCGGUCGCAAAGUCUUUGGGAUAUGAUUUGAAUGCUGUCUUCUCACUUUCCGCCGCUGGAAAUCAUGAAUGGCAUGGUGCUCCCUUUCCCAUGCCGAUUUCGAUCCGCGAAUGUUUGACACGAUACUUGGAUUUGACAUCGGCCCCACGUCGAUCCGAUUUGAAGCAUUUGAUUCAUUAUGCCAAGGACCCAAUCGACCGAAAGGCACUGCAACGACUAAGCUCCAAAGAGGGAAAGAAGGAAUACAAAGAAAAGAUUAUGGAUGGAUACGUUGGCAUGGUCGAUUUGCUGAAGCUUUGUCCUUCUCUUUCGAUUCCCUUGGAGCAUUUGAUUAGCGUCUGUCACUUCCUUUUGCCUCGGUUCUACACCAUCGCAUCAUCCUCUUUGGAGUUCCCGAAUCAAGUGCACUUGACCGUUUCUGUCACACAAGCAAAGCGCAAGGAUGGGUCCACCUUUAAUGGGGUCUGUUCAACUCAUUUAGCCGAUGCCAAACCAACAUCAGCGAAUGGGACAGUGAGAGUUUUCAGUCGACCGUCCACAUUUCGUCUACCAGAGAAUUCUUCCAAACCAAUCAUUAUGAUUGGGCCAGGCACAGGCAUUGCACCAAUGAGAGCCUUAUUGCAAGAACGCAGAUACCAACGCGAUGUUCAAAAGAAGAGCAUAGGUCCAAAUAUACUGUACUUUGGGUGCAAGAAGAGAAGUUUGGAUUACUUGUACCGGGAUGAAUUGGAAGCCAUGCAGAAGGACAAUGUUCUAGACAACUUACACCUUGCAUUCUCGAGAGAAGAGAAGCAAAAAGUAUAUGUGCAACACUUGCUGACAAACAAUGCUCAAGAUACAUGGGAAAUGGUAGACAAGAAGGGCGCAUCCAUCUACGUCUGUGGGGGUGUUCGAAUGGGGCAUGAUGUUACAGAAGCUCUCACCGAUAUUGCUGUGUCGCAAGGAUCCAUGUCAGCCCAGCAGGCCAAAGACUACAUGGCAAAACUAGCAUCGGAUGGUCGGUUUGUCCAAGAACUUUGGGCAUAA